AUGGAGCCAAUUCCGAAAGUUCUAGCUGGACUUAUUCUACUGACUUUGUGUGUGAUGGGCUGCUCCAGCCAACAUUGGUCCUAUGGAUUGCGCCCGGGAGGAAAGAGAGAUGCUGAAAAUUUGAUUGAUUCUUUCCAAGAGGUAACCAAGGAGUCUGAUCAACCAGCAGAGCCUCAGCGCUUGGAAUGUACCAUUCGCCAGCUCCACUCUCCCCUCAGGGAUCUGAGAGGAGUUCUGGAAAGACUGAUUGAAGAAGAAAAGGGGCAGAAGAAAAUUUAA